GUCAGCUACCUGGCCCUUGCUCAUGAUAGCUAACCACUUAAUCAGUCUGUGGUUGGACAUCUAGGGUCUGAUUCACACAGUCCAGGAUGUUGACAGUAUAUAGAGUGAGCCCCUCGUUGAAAAAAAUGUCUUGAGUGGAGUGGGGAGAAGGAAGAUGGCUGUUGUUUAUGUCAAAGUAAAUAAUCCUUUGUACCAUCUUUUCCUUCAGUGCAGUCUCAACAAUAUGGAACUUGUGAUAACCCAUUUCUGUUUUCUGACUUGGAGAUAAACUUUGCCCUCUGGCUCCCCCUUCCCCUCCAAAAAACCCCUCCUUGGCAGAUAAAUCAACUUGGCAAACAUGAUUGCAUGUGAGCAUAUAGCUUACACAUUUUCAUGCAAGUGCGUGCAUACACAUCUGCACGUCCAUGUACACAUGCAAGAGUGCAUGCUGAACCAAUAACUUGCAUGCAUGUAAAUGCAUGAAUUAAAAUUGCAAACAUUUUGACCCUUUCCGGGUUCAGUGUUCUUAAACUUUUUGGAAAUAAGAUUACUGCCUGCCUGCUUUACCUCUUCUACUCUUCACCAGCAAGUCACGAGCUCAGGAAAUAUUAUUACAAUUUCCUUCCUGUUCAGCAAAGGUUGAAACUGAAAGAAAUCAUUCUGUUGAUUGCAGCAUCACUGCUGAUUCCACAUACAUAUCUAGUCAUCUAAUGCCCUACAUCAUGACAGCUGUUCCAGUACUACGAGCAUACUCCUGAGGAGUAAAAAAAUGGCUGGGAUGAGAGGGCUUGAGGGGGAGGAGCUGUUGGUGAAUCUGCGGCAACUUAUCAGUAGUUUUGAACCAUAUAUUCGGGAAGCAGGAUCAUCUGAACAGGCAGAAGAGACUCUGCUGCAUUUGGAAGAAAGUGAUGAAAACUUUCACAAACAUGAACUGGUCAAGAACUUAAAAAGAAAAGUUGAUGAGUUGUUGAGUCCACUUAUUGAUGAGGAACUGGAGAAAUAUUCCUCAGCUGGACAUGUUGACUCUGGCAGCCAGGAAACUUUGGUAACACGGAUCACAACAACAAUCACUCAGUCCAGACAGUUCACUGAACUAAUGAUGCGUCUGAAAAGGAACAUUGAAGAAGCAGCAUCAAAACUGAGCAGGAACUUUGAUAAUGAGUUUGGCUCAGGACAACACAGCCAUGAGAGUUGGGUGGAAAACAACACACUUGUUCAUGGGCUGGAGGAUGAAGAGGGUUCGGACAGUGGAAGUGUGAUGAUGCUCGAUACCAGCACUCUCAAGGCCAUCACAGACAACCUUGCCCAUGACAAAAGUCUCUUGGUUAAGAAGGAAGCCAUGCAAAAACUAAAUAGAAGCAUCUCUGGUGAUGUCUUCAACAAUGACCACUGGUCACAGUUGCAAACAAAUCUUACAGAACUUAUGGCAGACCCAGAUGAGAUCUCUAAGAAAAUGGACAACUUGUACAGCACAUUUAUGAAUCUAAGUUUGAAGUUUUUGGCAAAGUCUUACUCUUGUACUUCUCAUCAUACUUCAGAGGUCUAUGCUGCACACGCGGAGUACUUGAAAAGACAGUUCUUGGGAGACAAUCCAAGUGUUCCCAUGGUGAAGAAUGGUCUGGACUGUGCUGAAGCCCACAAUCAUAAGUUGAUAAAGGCUUUUUAUUUGAUGAACCAAUUUCAGCAAGAAACCCCUAACUACUGGGUCAGGUACCCAACACAGUACAUGGAAAAGAUUAUUGACAGCACUCUCAGUCUAUUAUCUUCUGCAUAUGAUCGAAGACCUGGCUGUCUCACACCCAUCCACUACAUUGCGGUCAUUGAUCCAAAAGCAAGAUGGGUGAUCAAGUGGAUGCAUGGGUUUUACAGCCGGAGUGAGCUGUUCAAAGGGCUUAAGAACUAUCACACUAUUAUUGAGGAUGCCCUUGUUCAUUGCCUGGAUUUCUCAGCUUCUUACAAAAUGCAGCCUGACCUCAUCAGCGAUAUCACCAGUGCCCUGAGUAAUGUCUCUCUGGCAGGAGAACGCAGGUUGUUCUUCACUGGUGAUGAACUUCAGUAUGCGUACUUCAUUCACUCACUCUUUUUCCUAUCUAGUCUUCUCUUCUUUUCAAAAGGGCGAGAAUUUUUUCCUAUCAAAAUUCCAGGCAAGCAUGGCACAGUCACAAGAAGUCAGCUGCUGAAGGCCUUGGUGCUGCUGAUUGUGGAUCCUGAUGUCCCAGCACUUCAUCGACCCUCAGCUAGUACUUAUGAGGUGGCCAGUCUUGUAACUGAGGUUUUGAAGGAAUUACUGAGCAAUGAGCAAGCCUGCAAGACAUGCCUUUUUCAGGAAGACAUUGUGUCCAUUCUUCUUUCACCGUUGGCACAACUGUUAGAUGAGACCUCUGGUGGAGUCCUUCCUAGCGAGAACUUGUUACUUCAUGUAGCAGAUAUCUUGUGUGUGCUGGCAUCCAGCACAAGAGGUCGUCGCUAUCUCAUGCAUGGAGAAAGUCUGGAUCUUUUUUCCCGUACAGAAACAUCUGCAGCUCACUUGAUUGUAGAAUUUACUAAAAAAGCUCUGCUGAAGAAUCUGCCCCAUGUCAGUGAACCACCGUCACCUACGGUAAUUGGAGCAUACCUGUAUGUCUGUCGCCAAUUGUAUAACACCUGUGAAGGGCUGUUCAUUCUCUACAAAUAUGAUCUCCACACAUGUCUGGCUCAGGCGUGGAGGGAGACCUUACAGGAUGCAGAGCGAACUUCCACACCCACCCCCUCUGACACCUGCAUUGAUGAUAAUUUAAAGUCUGUGAAAGAGUACAGCAUGUUGUUCUGGGAGGAUGUUCUGCGAGACAACUUGCUGAACUUUGCAAGCACUGCCAAAGGUAUCCUGUUGUUGCAGCAGACUGGUACUAUGAAUGAGUGUGUCUCGUAUAUGUAUCAGCGAUACGAGAAGAAGCUCCAGGUAAGCAAGUGUGAAAAAUUUGGCUAUGGCUGCAUGGUAACACAAGUAGCUGCCACAGCACCUGGCAUGGUGGCCCUUCAGAACACAGGCUAUAUUGCUGCCUUACUGAAGGAGCUGUGGUCUUCACUUGAGUGUGGACCAGAGGAUGCUGUAAUUUUUAUGCCACCUGCAUGGCCCGUAGAACAUGUUGACAGGAAUUCUCAGAAGCACUUUACACGUCUUAUGAACAUUCUGUCAGGAUUUCCAGCAGUGUACGAAGUGUUGAAAGGGCAGUUGUUGCCUACCAGAAGCCAGUACACUUUCCGUGAUAUCCCAGACACCAUUGCAGGUUUGCUGGACCGACUUGCCAUCAUUGACUCUCCUGAAAAAGUCCAUUCUCUUUUUAACUUUGAGCAGUCACACUGCUUUGGUUUAAGGCUGCUCAGUGUGAUGGUCUCCUGUCUUGACACAUACCUCCUUCUACAGUCACAGUACAAGUUUGAGAAGGUCUUGCUGGACGCUCAGGCAGCUAACAAACCUGAAGACAGGGAUGAGAUCAUCAUAGACAUGCUAUCUGUUGAGAGAAACUAUAUUCUGGUCAAGUGUCACCUGCUUGGUGGACCAUCUGAACGAAUUAUACCUCCUCGCACACUUGUAGAGGGCAAAGAUUCUAUAUAUCCUUAUCCUCUCUUCUCCUCACUCCCUUUGCCUCGCCAGUACAUUCCAAAUUUGACAGGCAGGGCUACUAACAAGCAAGAAACAGAGCUUAGUAAGUUUCUCUCCAGUAAAGGAGAGAAAAAAGGCCCAGGAUGGCUUGAAAAGUGUCGCUCACUGGUAAUGAAAUCGCUGUCAUCUAUACCAGAUCUUGCAAAAGGCACAGUUUUACAGCAGCUUUUGGAAGAAGGGGUGGCAGCAUUAUGCAGUGUUCGUUCUGAGGCCAUUUUCCCUCAAGUUGAAUUUGCAGGUAAUGAGGGAAAUAUCAAGAACUUCAAGUUGUCUCCCUUGCAUGAACUGGGCAUUGAAACUGCAAUAAGAUAUGGGAGACACCUGAAAGUAAUCAACUCUUCUUCAGAUGCAAAGGACAGCCUAACCCACCUGGUCAAACAAACAGGGUGUUUCCUAAAGCAACAGCAGAAGAGUUCAAAAACCUCAUUACGCUGUCUCAGUGGUGCCUACCCAGGAUUCGACUGGCUAACAGCAACAGUCUUUCUCAUCUUCCAUGGCAACCAUGAUAGGGCUUGGGGCUUCCUGCAUCGGCUUUCACAGUUAGGCUGCUCUGUGUAUUUAUGGCCAGCACGCAUGCAUUCUUCAGUGCAUCUUCCUACAGCAUUCCUUACCAGUGGUAUCCAUCCAAUUUUCUCUAGCACAGCCCACAACAUCGAGCUCAUCCUGCAAGUGGAACUGCCACUAAUAACCUCAGCUUUUAAGAUGUCUGGAUAUACACCUGCACAGAUCUGUGUGCACUGGCUGAAGCAGUGCUUUUGGAACUACCUGGACUGGGGGGACAUUGUCUUGUACAUCUGUACUGUGCUGAUCAUGGGUGUGGACUACCAGGCAUACUUCUGUGUGGCAGCACUCAGGCACCUUCAGCAGCAUAUCAUGCUGCAAAGCCAGACCCAGGACCUUGUCGUCUUCCUUAAGGAGGAACCAAUCAGGGAAUUCCAUGUGGCAGAACAACUAAGUUACAUGAAGGGCCUUGAAUCUAAAUAUCGCAAGAUUGUCCUCUCAGACAUGCUGAACAUCACCAAGCCCUAACUGUGUUGGUUCUUUUUGUCUGCCCUUGUUCUUCUUGACAUAUGUCUUGAUCAGGGGAAAUAACAUGUCACUGAACUGGAAGUGCAAAGUUGUUUGUUGCUUCAUGGGAGAUCUACACAUCUUGUUGCUAUUGUUACUUUUUAAGAUUCAGGGGCCUUUAACAUGCUUUCAGCAAAUACCAUUGAAGACACUCUGAUUGAUGCUGAGUAUCAGCUGUUCCUAAGUCUAUAGCUUGUACUAUUGCUCCCAAACAGAGAAUUUAGAAUAUAGGCAGCAACAUUCAUCUUUAUAUAUAGCCACUGGCUGUCAGCAUGGAUGUACUAUUUGGUGUUUCAAAAUUACAAACAGGUUAAUCUUUAUUUUUAAUUUUGAACCAGGAGUGAAAGUGCUCUGAUGCAUAAGUAUGUGAUGGAGAUCUUGAGAAGGGAAGAGAGAAAGUGAGAAAACAGAUUAGUUGUGGUGUGUAGUCUAGGUGUGCAUCUGUUGUGUUAAAUUAAUUGCUUUGCUGUUAACACUGAAACAAGUGAAUCAUGUGUUCAGAGGUUCAGAAUAACUGGGCAUGUAUUCCAUCCAACUCAAAAAAAUAAUUCAUGACUAACCUGCAAGAGCAUUUGCAGGACGGCAUCACCUUUUAUGUCCUUACAGAGUGCUUGGUGUACAGAACGUCUCAUCGCUACAGAAUAAGCUGCUGUACAUCACAUUGACAUUUGUGUUACUGUGAGUUUCAUUUCAGAAAGAUGUCAGGGUACAGAUAUAACAAAUAUGAAGACAGAUAAAUAUGCCAUUUAUCACUCACACCUGCUACAGGUCUAAAAAUGUUUUGCAUGUACAACUUGUAAAGAGAAACCUCUUUAGCAGCAGACAUGUUAGGGAUAAUCUCAUAAACUACAGUCUGGUUUCCACUGAUGAGGUAGGGUUUUUUUUUAUAAGGUUUUCUCUUAUGACAAUUUCGCUAUAAAAGGAGGUAAAAUACAAUUUUUCAAAAUUGCAGACUUGCAUCAAACUAAGGGUUGCACAUCUUUUUACCUAGUUACAAAAUAUUUUUUUUUGUAAAGAUCAUUAUUUAUUUAAUGCAUAUGGCAUCCUUGCAUGGUUGUGCAUAAUAGCUGUGUGCGUGCGUGAGCGUUUUCAAAAGCUUAGAUCUGAUGUCUGCUUGUUACAUUGUUCCAGACAUGCGAAUGCAUGUAAUUUCAGUGUUUUCAGUCGUUUAAUAAUGGGCCUUAAAUCUUUUUUUUCCAGCCUGUAAUAAAUUAAUUACCUCCCCUUUGA